UGUUUAUUUGAAGUAGUUAUUACCGUGAAGUCACAAUAUUUGUUAUUGGAAGUAUGAAAGCUGAACCAAGAUUUCGGAUUUUGGAGAACCUACACAUGGCGGAUAAUAGUAUGGUAGCAGACGUCACUAAAUUGAAGAGAAGAGACCGGAAUCGAGAAGCUGCUUAUAAGAGUCGGAAAAAACAUACAGAACGAGCAGACACUUUGCAUCAGGAAUUUGAGAAGUUGGAGAAAGAUAAUGCAGCACUACGUAAAGAAAUAGAGUACCUUCAACAAGAGACAACAAGAUGGUCUUUAGUUUUAAAAAAACAUGAAGCUACAUGCUUACUGGGCUCUCCUGAUAUCGUUGCAGUGCUCUUACAUGAUUCAGACCCACUGUGGUCACCACAAGAAACCCAACCAGUCAGUAACUUUUAAAUGCAUUUCCCUUUUUACUCUUCUUUACUCAAACUUUCUGGAUGCAGCUUGUCCUAAAUGCCUCCAACUAUUGCCUUUGUGUUAGACAACGAGGCAAAAAUAUAUUUGUAAGUAAAAGCUAGAACAAAUGGCAAGUCUGAAUAACUUUUGCAUCCAUUCACUAAAAGUUGAAUCAUUAGUAAAGUGAAAAUGG